UGUACUCGGACGCUGAUUUCAAAACAUCGUCAUAGUUGACGGCAGGGGGGUCACCUGUGGUAAGUACUGGCGCGUGCCAAGCACGUGCACCCCAUAUUUUUGGUAUCUGAGGAUCCAACUUGUGCAGUUUGUAGCGUUCGAGGCCCAAGGAUUAGGACGAUAUACGACACGGUCGCCAGGCCAGAACGCUGUCAUGCUGCGGUGAAAUUUUUGCUGCGGGGAGGGUAUGUCCGAAUGGCCGCCGACCAAGCUUCAUGUAUAUUCCGCGUAUAUUUAUUCAGUGGGAAAUCGGCAUUCGGAACAAUGGUUCAAUUGAUCAUGAUGCAGUUCUCCACCCUGGCGGCACGUUACUGCCUCGUGUUCUUCUCAUGCCGUUCGAAAAUCACGGCAGCUACUUUUAAUGAAAAGUCUGGUCGAUUGGCGCUGUUCCUUGUCUUGCUAUGCGGCGGAAAGCACAACCGAGCCUUGUCAGCAUCCGCGUUUGAAGUCGGACCAACACUUCUAUUCCCGUCACCACCCUUAGAUCUAGAUUCCUUGCCAAAUGAAAACACUACACAAGGUGAAGGAGAGUCAGGUCGCCAACCUCCUUUAGUCCAUCAAAGAAUGAGAUCAAGUAUCUUGCAACGUGACUAUAGGACUUCCCGGCUCAAACAUCGUAGGCAUUCGGUGAGUCGUUCCGUGCUAUUCGCAGUCAAGGAUAUCACUGAAUUUCCUCAUCCAUCCUCAUUUGAGCACCACUCAAACCAGUUAGAGCUAACUCAGAUAUGUCAGCAGGCUUUACACUCUUCUUAUCUCCAAGACACCCACCAAUUGCCGAAAGAUCGCAACUUUGCAAAAUCAAUCAAGGGUGCCAAUGGGUCGUCCUUCACGUGUAUAUGUGUCGUGAUCUACUAGCGACGAUGAUGAAGUUCAGCUUCGGAUAGGACUGAUAUGAGGACUCUUCCCUUUCAGUUUCGAAUAAGAAGGGGUCUGAGAUCUC